AUACGUGCCAGGUCUCAAGGCCUUUGUCAGUGAGUCAGUCCGUGCUGAAGUGAGUGUGAUCAAAGCUCAUCGUCAUUGUUGCCCGUGAAUCGCUCGAGCAGCGCCCCUACCCAGAGCAAACGCCUCGUUGGUUGACCUGCUGCGGGGUGGCGUGCUGGCGUUCCUGUGUGCCCGCGUUCGGUUUGAAACAAAGGACCGUGAGAUUUGACGGAGGAGGCGGUGGAGGAGGAUGUCGACCGCGGCCCGUCGUCGAUUAAUGCGCGAUUUCAAGCGUUUACAAGAGGACCCGCCGGCGGGUGUGAGUGGCGCCCCGGGUGAGAAUAACAUCAUGGUGUGGAAUGCCGUCAUCUUCGGACCCCAUGACACGCCCUUCGAGGACGGCACGUUCAAAUUGACCAUGGAGUUCUCCGAGGAGUACCCCAACAAGCCACCCGUGGUCAAGUUCCUCUCGAAAAUGUUCCACCCCAACAUUUACGCCGAUGGCGGGAUUUGCCUGGACAUUCUUCAAAACAGAUGGAGUCCCACGUAUGACGUGUCGGCCAUUCUGACCUCAAUCCAGUCCCUGCUCAGUGAUCCCAAUCCGAAUUCGCCCGCCAACAGUAUGGCCGCACAAUUAUUCAAAGAGAAUCGCCGCGAGUACGAGAAGCGGGUGAAAGCGUGCGUGGAACAGAGCUGGUGUGAUGACUGAGACACACGCAAUUAGAGAGCAAUUAUUAACACCACUGAUUCAUGUCAACUUGACGAGGACGAUAGCGACGAGGACGGACGAUAACCAACAUCCUUUCCGACGACACGAGACACAACAUCCAACCUGCUGCUAUUGAUCUUAAAUAUAUAUUAUAUGUAUAUGUGCUUCAGCGAAAUCUACCCCGUGUUUGAAUUUCUGAUCAACUUCAUCGUCUUGUUCUCUCUCUCUCUCUCUCUCUCUCUUUCAUCCACUCACUUGGUUUUCUUGAUUUGUGUCCGUAAAGAGCCUCUCAACCUACGUUUCAAUAGACAUUCAUUCUGCCAAUCCGAA